ACCCUACAACAUCUCAGAGCUAACUACAGGCAGAGAUAAGCUGCAAGUGAAGUGAAGAAGAAAGACAAUGGAACAACACGGAGAGAGAGAACCGGAAGAGUUCACGCUGGUCGCAACUAAGCCUUACUUCAAUCUCCCAACUGCUUGCCCUCUUUGUUUGCCCCUUUUCAUUUAUCUCAAGCUUGCCAACUUCCCCUUUCGUUUGUCUUCCAAUUCCAUCUUCCCCGAUUCAGAUCAAAUUCCUUAUGUUGAAUCUGGUACUUACGUUGCCUACAAUAAUGAGAAUGGCGGGGUGAUUGAGAAUUUAAAGCGAGAUGGUAUUGUUGAUCUGGACUCUGAAUUCCAAUCUGUACCGGAUUGGGUGGCAAUGAAAGCCAUGAUUAGCUCUUGGUUAGCUGAUGCAAUGAUGUAUGAACUAUGGGUUGGUUCUGAUGGAAAAUCGGCCUACAAGAUUUACUAUUCUGAUCUUUCAUGGCCAAUAGGAAAAGUUCUAUUCCUGAAGCAAGUAUACAGUGUUAAACAGCGUCUUGGAAUUACUAAAGACAAUGCCGAACAGAGAGAGGAUGAGAUUUACAAGAGAGCAAAAAUUGCUUAUGGUGCUCUAUCUACUAGGUUAGGAGACCAGAACUUCCUCUUUGAUGAUAGGCCUUCAAGUUUGGAUGCAACUCUUCUCGGACAUGUUCUUGUUACCCUUCAUGCAUUACCGGAAACAUCGGUGCUUCGAAGCGAACUCUUGGAGCAUGGUAAUGUUGUCAGGUAUGCUGAAAAACAUAAAAUGGAGUUGAUCGAAUCCGGUUCAUCAUCUUCUGGUCCACAAUUUCACUCUGUCCCUUCAUCAUCAACUCCAAAAAGAGGUCCCUCAAAUUGGAGUUCAAAGCCGAAGAGCAAGCCAAAGAGGGAGAAAACGGAGGAGGAGAAAACUUUUAAGCGGAGGGCAAAGUAUUUCUUAGCAGCCCAGCUACUCGCGGUUCUGCUUUUUCUCUCCUUGAUGGGCGGAAAUGAUUCCGGUGACAUGGAGCUCGAUGACGAAGAUGAAGGCAUCGCUUUUGAUUGAGACCAAUCUCUCAUUUAUCUGGUACACAUUACUGACAUUGUCCCAUGAUUAAUUACUAGUAACCUCUUGAGGUUGAACUAUUAGUAUUUGCAUUAACAUUGUGGUAAAUAAGAACAUAAAUUAAAGAUUAUGAUUUUUGUAGCUUGGCUGCAUAUUUUGAUUGGGUAAA